CGGACAUCGGGAAUGGCACUAUCGUCUGUUCUGUCACCCCUAAGUUUUUCUUUCUUUUUAAUUUGCGUGCGAACGAGGUAGGUUUGUCGCUCUGGAAUUUAACACGUGGUAAACCUGAUCGGCCGGACAAAACAAUAAAUCAACAUGGUGAAGGUUAAGUGCUCCGAGCUUAGGACCAAGGACAAGAAGGACCUCACCAAGCAGUUGGACGAGCUGAAGAAUGAGCUCCUCAACCUGCGCGUGGCCAAGGUGACCGGCGGAGCCCCUUCGAAGCUCUCCAAGAUCCGCGUUGUGCGCAAGGCCAUCGCUCGCGUCUACAUUGUGAUGCACCAGAAGCAGAAGGAGAACCUGCGUAAGGUCUUCCUGAACAAGAAGUACAAGCCUUUGGAUCUGCGCAAGAAGAAGACCCGCGCCAUCCGCAAGGCCUUGUCUCCCCGGGAUGCCAACCGCAAGACCCUGAAGGAGAUCCGCAAGCGCUCCAUCUUCCCCCAGCGCAAGUACGCCGUCAAGGCCUAGGAUGGAUCCGAUCUAGAAUCCGUAUUCGGAUGCCUAUUUUCUCGUCUGUCUAGUGUGCGUUAAGGGUUCUUCGCUUCCAUGAAGAAGAAAACAAAUAAAACUUUUUUUUCAAGUGAAAAAA